GGGUGAGGGAUGUCCUGUUGAGGUGGGGGGGCAACACACACCGACUACUGGAAGCAUUGUGAGAAUUACAUUGUUGCACAUUAUCCAAGGGCUUAGAGAUGAUAAAAUAACGGACAGCGGGAUCAAAUCCUAGUGCACAUCUGCAUUAGAAUACUACGUGGACGCUGGAAACCACCACCGGCAGAGAAUUGAUGUGAAUAAUCAUAUGGAAGCUGAAUGCUGUUCAUUUAGUGCAACAUCUACAACAGUCUGCAGAAAUUUACAUUCCAGAGAGGAGGUGAAGUGCGUUUCUUUACAUCCAAAAACUGCCCCAGCUUUAAGAAUACAUCAUGAUGAAGGGUUAUGCCUCCUAAGAGGCAUAGCAAGCCAGCUGUGAGGUUUCGUUGCCAAGGCAACUCAGACACCCACUCUACAGUGUUCGGCUCACCCUUGCUGAGCAGGCACAUUGGUCAAGACCCACUAAAAGCAACCAAACAACAAAAGAGAGAGGGAAAGAAAGAGUAAGCUAAGUUUGGAAGGUCGUCCUGAAUCGAGAAGAGCAGCUGGAUUUCACUGCCAUCCUAAUGCACAGCACCCUCUCAGACUGACGGGUUUUCACUGGCAGUAAACUGGCAAGUUAGAAUGAGAGCUCACACAGGUUGGCCAGCAGCAGCAUCCCAGAGAUUAUAGAUUUGGAGAUUACAGGACAACAGCAGGUCAGGGCACAUUGCCUUGUUGAAAUCUGAGUUCUCCACCUCACCAAUUCCGUUAAGAGCUGUCAUCGUGAAAUUGGCAAGCGAGCCCUGCGACACAACACAUUCACAUGCACUCGGCUGAUCACAUACUCCACUAGCUGCAGUGUUAGAAGAAAAUCGGAUGCUGUUUUUGUUUGUUGCUGUCUUUUCUUAUUUUUAUUUGGUUCAUUUUUAUUAUCCACUGACCUGGAGAGAGUUAAACUGCUCAAAUGAUCAAACCAUGAUGGCAGAAUAUUCUAAAGUGCUUAUCAAGACUGGAAUGUUCAAACCACUCAGUUAGGAUGGAAAACUGAUGGAACCAGAGGUUCCUCAUAUUUGAAUCUUCAAGCUGCUAUCAUUGAAGACACCAUAAAGACCAAGGGACAAACUCAGUGGCAUGUCUCUGCACUCAAAGUAACUCACAGGAUAUGCAACUACCGCUAAAUGAAUGAGACUGAAAGAGUUUGAAGAGUGUUGUAGAAUGUAAUGCUAUUCAAGAUGUCUGCAAAAGAGCUUUAUUACAAGACUGUGAGAAAACUCCACCCAUUUCCACCUCUGGCUGCGAAGUUCGACAAGGUGGCUCGCUAGACGGAGCGGACAGCCACGGACAAACUGGAUUACAGUGACAAACUUGGACACAUAGAGGAAUGUUAUGGAACAGACACGGAUGACAGCCUAGCUUGUCUGGCACUGAGAUGUCAAAACCACAGAGGGGGCUAUUCCUCCAACUGUCACUGCAAGGAGAAUAGAGCCGAUCACACACACGCCUACAAGCAGACUGAUUUUUAGAGGCGAAAGACUGGUUUGUGUUUGUACCGUGGCAGUAUAGACAGUUCAAAAGCGUGAAAGAGAGAGCUGGAGGAGAUCCCAUGGUGUAGGGGGAAGAGAGUGAAAAUAAAGAGCGGUAAAAGGCUCCACAGCAGCGGUGACACAUUGAAAGAGAAGACUGAUAGACUGGAGAUCAGCUGUGGCAGUUCACAGGCACACAGUUCUGUGAGAUUCACACACUUUUGGGUUUAAAGGCUGUGCCGCUCAGUACACCGAGUAGUACUGAGUCCAGGUUGGGCACGGUGGCAGGGGCCGGUUCAUGGCAGUGGGGCGGGCGCAUGCCGUCUGUGCCUCCGCAUCGAGAUGGACGCUUUGGCUUGGGAUGGGGUUGGGGUUGGGCCACAUGGGCGCGGGCUCAGAGGGCGGGUGAGCUGAGACCCUGGGUGCCUACUGGAGUUGGACCUGCGGCAGCAGGAGAACGAGCGGGCAUGAGAUGCUCCCUUCGCUUCUGCGUAGUAUUGGGAUCCCUGGCCCUCCUGUUCCUCACAUCGCUCUUCUUCUCCUUCUCGCUGAGAGGAGGAGCCGGCUUGCCUUACUUGGAACCCCCGGGAUGGGAAGAGUCACACAGGGUUAAGCUAGUGCCCAGCUAUGCCGGUUCCCACCGGGUCGUCCCGGCCGAGAGCUCCCAGCAGAAGACAUGUGCCUGCUCUCAGUGCGUGGGUGACCCAGGCGUUUCUGACUGGUUCGACGAGAACUAUGACCCGGACAUCUCUCCCGUGUGGAUUCGGGACAACAUCCAGCUGCCUUCAGAUGUGUACUACUGGUGGGUGAUGUUGCAGCCUCAAUUCAAACCCCACAACAUCCAGCAAGUUCUACAGAGGCUGUUCCAGGUCAUUCCAGGCCAUUCCCCGUACGGUUCGUGGGACCCGGCCCGCUGUCUGCGCUGUGCCGUGGUGGGGAAUUCGGGAAACCUCCGUGGGGCAGGUUACGGUUCGGUGAUCGAUGGCCAUGACUUCAUCAUGAGGAUGAACCUGGCUCCCACUGUAGGGUACGAAGAGGAUGCCGGCAGCCGUACCACACACCACUUCAUGUACCCAGAGAGUGCCAAAAACCUGGCAGCCAAUGUUAGCUUUGUGCUGGUGCCCUUCAAGACUCUCGACCUGUUGUGGAUCACCAGUGCCCUCUCCACCGGCCAGAUCCGCUUCACUUACGCUCCAGUGAAGCAGUUUCUGCGUGUGGAUAAAGACAAGGUUCAGAUCUUCAACCCAGCUUUCUUUAAAUACAUCCAUGACCGCUGGACACGUCAUCAUGGCCGCUAUCCCUCCACUGGCAUGCUUGUGCUGUUCUUCACCCUACACGUAUGUGAUGAGGUGAAUGUAUUUGGUUUUGGGGCGGACAGCAGGGGAAACUGGCACCACUAUUGGGAGCAGAACCGCUAUUCUGGAGAGUUUCGCAAAACAGGUGUCCAUGAUGCAGACUAUGAGGCCCAGAUCAUUGACAAGCUGGCCAAAGCUGGCAAGAUCUCUGUCUUUCCUGGAAAGUGAAUCUGGGCACCAGGUGCAAAGAAAUGGACCAACUGAUGGACUACCAUAUACAAAACCACCCAUUAUCCACUUGACACACUUAGUGUGCCUGUUAAACGUGAUCAAGAAGUAAUUUUUCAUGAUCUUAUUACCAUUCUAUGCUGUCCCGAGUGGACAGGAUUCUGGGCAGCAUCCUUCAUGAUGUGGUGGUUUUGAGAGGAGACGCUAGUACUAAAUGUACUAAUGUGCUUUUCCUUGCAAGCCUACCUCAACUAGGACAAGGAACUUGACUUGGCAAGGAACACUAAUAUCUCACCACUAAACAGCAUGUUAGGUAUAUGUGCUGGGAAUGGAUUUGGCUUAUAUUUAUGACUUUUGUUGAAUAGUGAUAAUGCGGGAACUCUUAUCUCAUGCAGAGGCCAGGUAGAUGAGUGAAACCAACAAUCACCAUAGUGUAUCAUAGUACUCUAGUAGUUCUCUGUUGAUCCGUUAAAGAGAUAGUUGACCCUAAAAAUGAAAAUUGUCAUCAUUUACUCCGCCUCAUGUCAUUCCAAACCUGUAUGAUUAACUGUCUUCUGCAAAACACAAAAGAUAUUUUGAAGAACGUGUGAACUGUUUAUGUCAAUGAGGUCAAUGGGGUCCAGAGUAGUUUUUGCUACAUUAUCUUGACAGAAUAAAAAGUCACACAGGUUUGGAAUGAAAUAAAGUUGAGUAAAUUACAAAUUUUUCAUUUUUGGGUGAACGUUCCCUUUAACUAAAAGCUUGGUUAGUAGCAGGUUGUUUCACUAGCGUUAUAGCACUGCAGUUAGAUUCCUCAUGUCACCAGGCGCAUGUGGCUAAGUGGACUUCCAAGUUUGUGCUGUUAAACCGAGCUUUCUUUGUCUUCUGAGAUAUUUUAUGUUUCGUUGUUCGUGUUUGAAAUGAUCAUGCUAACAGUUUGUGAUCACUGUGUGCGCACAGCAGUCUGAGCAACCUUGUUUUUUUGGUUCAUUCGUUUUCGCUAAUUCCGUUUGAGUACUGAACGUUCCUCUGAGAAGGAUGGACUGAUACUCAACAACAGGAGCUAAAACCACUGACGCAGUCCAAUAUGAACACAUAUGAGCAAUACUGUAUAUUAAGUACAUGUGGAGUACUGUAUGUUUAGAAACCAACACUACUAAAGGUGCGGUGAUUGUUCUAGAGAUUCACUGUGAACAGCAGUAAAGCGUCAGUUUUGAUUUUCAGCACACUACUAAAUUUAACAUAAUAGUGUUAUAAAAUGGAAAACGACAGAAAAAAAGUAUUCGAUUGUGAGAAACCGAAUAUAAGCAUUCAUAUAUGAAGCCUGAUGUAUUGCAACACAAUUUAUGACUAGCUGGCAGACAGAUCUUGAAGUUCUGGUGGAAUUCAUUGAUAAGCGUUUUCUUGAAGUCAUGUAGACACUCCUUUGCUGCUGUUCAGUCAUUUACCAUCAACAAUAGGUGAUUUUUUUUAUAUUUAUUGUAAAAUUUUUAUAAUUUUCCUUGCAUAAUUUAUUACAUUAUACAUUUUGCAGACUAUACGAAGGAUAAACAGAAACUUAGCAGAAUGUUUGCGUUCCCCCAAGAAACAUUGCGUUAUUUAGCAAAAUAUUUGCGUUCCCCCAAGAAACGUUGCGUUACUUGGCAGAAUAUUUGCGAUUCCCCAAGAAACGUUGUGUUAGCUUGCAAAAUUUCUAAGUUGUUUGUGAGUGAACUCUCUAAGAAGAACUAAAAGGUUUUGCAAGUGAAAAAAACAAACAAACGUUAUUUUAUUUUAUAUUUUAUUAAUUAUAUUUUAGUGCUUUUAUGUUGUCUUAUAAAUGUUUUGUGUUUUCUCUGAGAAACUAGGUUGGGAUAGGUUGCAAAUUGUUUGACUUCCCCCAAGAAACUUUGUGUUAGCUUGCAAAACUUUUGAGUCGUUUAUAUGUGAACUCAAAGUUUUUCCAGAAAAUGAGUUUUGUAAGCGAAUUCAAAGUUUCUCUGGGAAUAGAAAUGAUAUUUCAAUUCUCUUGUGUUCUCUCAUAAAACAUUUGUGUUCCCCUGAGAAACUUGCGUUCAAAAAAAAGAAUUGUGGCAUGAAAGCACUGAAAUAUAUAUUUUCCAAUCUCAGAUUUUUUCCAUCAUUACGUCUGUAGCUUUCUGCUUCGGCUGAGUCUAUGUUUCAGGUGCAGUAGUUCUUUUUCAAAAUGUAGACAAAUAUGAGUGUGUAAAUUCACACACAUUACAUGCUUGCGUGCCUUGUCCUCGCUUCUGGACAUGUCCUCUCUCCAGAGCACAGCUAACCUCAUUAUAAGACACAUAAACAUGUGCUAUUGUUCCUUUAGUCUUCUUACAGAGCAUUUAUUGACACACAUUCGCACUCACACAAAUCUGGGCUCUAAAAUAGGGCACAGAUCGUCUACCCACCAGCUGUCCUCCACCCACACAUGAUUCACGGCUUCUCCUGUGCUCCACCACCUCUUGUCUGUUUGAGCUAAGCUGAGCGCCGUGCCUUCGGGAUCAGGGUGGGAAAAGCUCUCACCUGAAAACCCUCUCCCCUCUUGAUUUUAAGAACUUCUGAAAAGUCUCAUGAGCCCUUAGAAAAUCCUGACCUGUGGCACACGAAUGCUUUUCUACAUUGUCAAUAAAGCAUAAAUGUCUUUUGACGGUUAUAUACCGGGUGAAUAUUAAAUGCAAAAUGCUGCAGUGGCUUUAUUAUAUUUAAGCCUAUUCUGAGGGAUUAUUAUUGGGCGUUUCACAGUGAAAUUCUAAUAUCAUGGACAAUAGGAUGGCUGCCCUCUCGUAGGUCAAAUAUUUAGAGUCGCAGUUGGUCACCAAAGAGUUUUAUUCCAUUACUAAUCCUCUUGUUUUUGUUGUUCGAUGUUUAUGUUUUGCACAGAAAAUAUGGAUUAAGGAAAAUAAGCUGGCUUGUGAUGUUCUUGUAUUACUCUUAACAGUAUUCAUUAAUCCUAGAUGGAGCUAGUUGGUGAGGAGGGGUGUUUCUCUUCUUGUUUUUGUGCCACAGGAGGAUCGUAGCCUGCCGAGUGAUAUUCAGGCAAAUCUACUCAAUUUAUGAAAGACUACAUUAUGUCCACCUUCUCUGUUCUCUCCAUUUGAAAUGUUCUGUGGCCAAACUGCAUGAUGAGAUCAAUUCCAAAUUGGUUUGUUUUCUUUAUGCUCUCCUGUUAAACGUUCUCAGCACUAAAUUAUCAGUCUUUGUGGAUCCUUAUUGUCACAUUGAGAGAGCUUUUUCUAGGACUUUGCAUCAUCUUUUUUGAAUUGUUUGUAGGAUUAUAGGAUGCAGAGUUGAAGGCUGUAAAGUAGUGAGUGAGAUGAAUAUUACAGAGCCUGUUAAGACUAGACUGCUUUGUUUUUUUUUUUCUUUGCUGCUUAUCCGUGAUCAUACACAAGAUUGUGCCUCCAGGAUAGAUAUGUUGAGUGAAUGAUGCAAUUUCAUUUUGUUUUCUUGACUCUUUCAAAGGCUUUACGGUAGAUAUCCCUAUUCCAUUUGAAGAAAUAAUUAAUAAAAUACAAUAAAAUGGCAGCAGAAAACCCAACAUGAAGUUAAAAAUGAGGCUACAGUAUUCAGACUCCAUUUUCAACUUAAUGUUGAAUCCUGUUCUUCAUGAAGUAACCCUUUUCAGCACAGACUGUACAUAUCCUCUCUGUGACACUGUGUUUGCUCUCAUUAAUGUCUCAUUAGUGUUGAUAUAGUGACUAUUGGUCAGUGCUCUCUUUCUUUUCACAGCCUCAGUCUUUGUGUAAUUCUGGACUGUUUUUAUCUUUAUGCUACUGUAAGAAAUAAACAUGUUUAAAAAUG